AUGCAUCCAACUGAUCAAGGACUGAUGUUGGGGAGCAUGCUGCUUGUCUCCAUGUGUGUUGGGGCAGCAGCCAUGUUUGACAGCAAACAGCUGGACGACCACUGGGACCUUUGGAAGAAAAUGCACGGGAAGACAUACAAUCAGGUGGAGAAUAUACAUCGUAGGACAUUAUGGGAGAAGAACCUGAUGCUCAUCACCAUGCACAACCUGGAGGCCUCCAUGGGGCUUCACACCUAUGAACUGGGCAUGAACUUCAUGGGAGACAUGACACCAGCAGAGUUCCAGCAGUUCUUUGGUGGGCUCACUCCUCCAACUGACCUCAAGAGGGCGCCAUCUCUUUUUCUGGGCACCUCAGGUGCUGAUGUACCAGACACCAUAGACUGGAGAGAGAAGGGCUGUGUCACCAGUGUCAAGAAUCAGGGUGCUUGUGGCUCUUGUUGGGCCUUCAGUUCUGUCGGCGCCCUGGAGGGUCAGUUAGCCAAGACAACAGGGAAGCUGAUAGACCUCAGCCCCCAAAACCUAGUGGACUGCUCAUGGGAAUACGGCAACAACGGCUGCAACGGUGGCUUCAUGAGCAGAGCCUUCCGGUAUGUCAUGGACGAGGGCAUCGAGUCUGAGGCUUCAUACCCCUACGAAGGAAGUGAAGAAGAGUGCCUCCACAACCCCAUGAACCGGGCUGCAAACUGCUCGGAAUAUAUCUUCCUCCCUUGGGGGGACGAGGAGGAGCUGAAACAGGCAGUUGGCACCAUCGGACCCAUUGCAGUGGCGAUUGACGCAAAGCAGUCUUCAUUUCAGUUCUACAAGAGUGGAGUGUACGAUGAACCGAACUGCUCUGAUAUUAUUAACCAUGCAGUGUUAGUUGUGGGCUACGGCACAGAGAACGGACAAGACUACUGGCUGGUGAAGAACAGCUGGGGAACUGGAUUUGGAGAAGAGGGCUACAUCCGCAUGUCACGCAACAAGGACGACCAGUGUGGCAUCGCUCUAUAUGCCUGCUACCCCGUCAUGUAG